GCUGGGCGUCGGGGCGGGACCUUGGUCGCGUCGGCCCCGUAGCCCGCGCGCGGAGCGGACCCUGCGGUAGCCUUUGGCCGUUAGCGCGUCUUGGGCUGUUGUCUUGGAGAAGCAAGAUGGCGGCGACGGCGACCGCAGUGGUGGCCGAGGAGGACACGGAGCUCCGGGACCUGCUGGUGCAGACGCUGGAGAACAGCGGGGUACUGAACCGCAUCAAGGCGGAACUCCGAGCAGCCGUGUUUUUAGCACUAGAAGAGCAAGAAAAAGUAGAGAACAAAACUCCUUUAGUCAAUGAGAGCCUGAAAAAGUUUUUAAAUACCAAAGACGGUCGUUUAGUGGCUAGUCUUGUUGCAGAAUUUCUUCAGUUUUUUAACCUUGACUUUACCUUGGCUGUUUUUCAACCUGAAACUAGCACACUGCAAGGUCUUGAAGGUCGAGAAAAUUUAGCCCGAGAUUUAGGUAUAAUUGAAGCAGAAGGUACUGUGGGUGGACCUUUAUUAUUAGAAGUGAUCAGACGCUGUCAACAGAAAGAAAAAGGGCCAACCACUGGGGAAGGUACACUAGAUCUAUCUGAUGUGCAUUCUCCACCAAAGUCACCAGAAGGAAAAACAAGUGCACAGACAACACCAAGUAAGAUACCAAGGUAUAAAGGACAAGGUAAGAAGAAGACAAGCGGGCAGAAGGCUGGUGACAAGAAGGCCAACAGUGAGGCCAGUCAGAGUGAUACAAGUGUCUCCUUGUCAGAACCAAAGAGCAAAAGCAGCCUUCACUUACUGUCCCAUGAAACAAAAAUUGGAUCUUUUCUAAGCAACAAAACUUUAGAUGGCAAAGACAAAGCCGGCCUUUGUCCAGAUGAAGAUGAUAUGGAAGGAGAUUCUUUCUUUGAUGAUCCCAUUCCUAAGCCAGAGAAAACUUAUGGUUUGAGGAAUGAACCAAGGAAGCAGGCAGGAAGCCUGGCCUCGCUGUCGGAUGCACCCCCCUUAAAAAGUGGACUCAGCUCCCUGGCGGGGGCCCCUUCCUUAAAAGACUCUGAGAGUAAAAGGGGGAAUAUAGUUUUGAAAGAUCUGAAAUUGAUCAGUGAUAAAAUUGGAUCCCUUGGAUUAGGGACUGGAGAAGACGAUGACUAUGUUGAUGAUUUUAACAGAGUUCUUACUUUUUCCCCGCCUCCUAAAAUUAGUACCAGCCACCGCUCAGAGAAAAGUGAGAUAAGUAUUGGUGAAGAGAUUGAAGAAGACCUUUCUGUGGGAAUAGAUGACAUCAAUACCAGUGAAAAGCUUGAUGACCUCACACAAGACCUGACUGUAUCCCAGCUCAGUGAUGUUGCAGAUUAUCUGGAAGAUGUUGCAUAGACAUGAAGAAGGAAGUAUUCUAAUUAACGAAGGACAAAGGACUGAUCAGUUCCAUUUUUUUCUCCAGACAAUCACUCUGCUGGAAUGUCUGCUCUCUGUUGGUGCCUUGUGUUUCAAAAAGACUGCAGAUAUUUUUUAAAAUUAAUUUUUCAUUUUACUAAACAAAAUACUUCCUAUUUGAGCCCAUGUGUGGAAGAUUUAAUAUUUUUAACUGUACAUUUCUUUAUGAAAAUUAUCUACACUCAGUUUCAUUACCGGGGGGAACCCAUGAAAACACCAGUGUUAAGAGCCUGAUGAAAGGUGUCAUUGAAGCCGUAGGAUCACACAACUUUGUGUGUGUGGCUGCUGGUACCUGUGAUCUUUGAAAACCUUGGCUUUAGCCCUCUGGAAUCAGAGCUUACCCACCAUAGUAUAUAUUUUAAUAUUAGGUGGUUCUACACAUAGUUGGCAAUAUGACUUGGUAAAGUUAUAAUACUGAAGUAUAUUAGUAUAAUUUAAAUUUGAUGUGUCAACUUUAUUUUGUAUUUCCUUCCAUUUGGAAGGUUUGUUAGACCAUUAAGGUUAUAUUAAAGUACUCUUGUGUGUGCUAUUUAGUUUUGCUUGUUUUAAAAAAUCUAGAAGUGGCUAUGAGUUUUAAUUCAUAGAAUUGUCAAUAACAGAUAACAUUUGCAAUCGCCAUUCCUCCUGUUGUCCACGUAAGCAGCUUUAGUUGCAAGUUCUCUUCAUUAUAAUUUAUUAUUUGUAAAGAUUCCUUUAAACAUAUUCAAUACCAAAAUGCAUCUGAAACCAUUAAGCAGUGCUUUUAUUUCAGAUCUGUAAGUUAAUUGUAUUAAAAUCCAAAUUGGAAUGAAAUAGUAGUAAUGGCCUAAGACCAUGUUCAGUUUGACAAGCUUUAUAUACUGUACAUAAUUUCAUUGUAGCCCUUAAAAAUAGAGCCAAUAAUAGAAUUUCCGCAGUCUCAUGUAUACAGUUAAAGCAUUACUGCUAUGAUGUAGGUCACAGAUGUGUAUAAUACGAAAGUAUUUUAAAAUGUGCAAGUAGAAAAAAACAAUAGAAAGUGAUGCAUGCAUAUUUAUGUAUAAAUAAAGCUAGGAUUGCGCUGUUUUUGUACUUUGUAAUUAUGGCUUUAUACUAAAAGUUACCUUUAUUAGUAAAAGGAGCAAAUUAGACAUAAUUCGUCGAUCUCGGUAAGUAAGCAGACUGCAUGACCUGUGUAAUGCCACUUUCUCAUUUCAUAUUAGCCUAAAUAUUGCAGAAAUACUUCUUGGGCUCUAAAAUGUAGAGGAGAUGAAAAUAUAAGGAUUAAGGCUGUGUUACAGAAUCUGGCUUUUUAAAAUUUAAGUGAAACUGAGCUGUAAACAUCAAGAGGAAGUAGGACAUAAAGGGCUGGGCAGCCUGGAAGCCUGUGCAUUUCUGCCCUCCGCCUGUGAGCUGCCAUCUCAGUCGCCUUCAGGUUCUUCAUUUCUUAGUGAGUAAACAGCACCAUGUACAGAUGUCAUCUUGUUGCAGUGACUCAGUGUGCCUGUUACAAAAUGCAUUUCUUUGUAAGUCAUCUCUGAAAACAGUCACUUUCUAAAAGCACUGUAGUUGUGUUCUGGCCUCUGGAAUCUGGAUCACAUGUGUGAUUUAUCUUAAUAUUCUUUGAUAGGAGUUAGGUUUCAGUGAAAUGAUUUGAAAGCAUAACAGGAUGUGGCUUUUUAAAUUUAUGAAACUGUUGAACAGUAGCAACUGAAAUAUGUCACUUUUGUUACCCAGAGAGUCAGACCUUUCGAUAAUAUUUGGGAGGGUAAGAGAAAAAAUAUGAAACUUUUUUAUUAGCACUACAUACAUCUUUUUUUUUUUUUUUGAAACAGUCUCACUCUGUCGCCCAGGCUGGAGUGCAGUGAUGCGAUCUCUGCUCAACGCAGCCUCCACCUCCCAGGUUCAAGUGAUUAUCCUGCCUCAGCCUCCCAAGUAGCUGGGAUUACAGGCACGUGCCACCACACCCGGCUAACUUUUGUAUUUUUAGUAGAGAUGGGGUUUCACCAUGUUGGUCAGGCUGAUCUUGAAGUCCUGAUCUCAUGAUCCACUUGCCUCAACCUCUCAAGGUGCUGGGAUUACAGGUGUGAACCACCACACCCAGCCAGCACUACAUACAUCUUAUUGAAUAAUUUUUAAUGACUUAAAGUUCAACUAUGAAAAAGCUUUGUUUUCACAUGUACUUUUUGAUUAGGUAUUAUCAACUUAUUAAAAUCGAAGAUGUGAAGUGACAGGUUUUGCAUGUGACAUGUUUUCUAUUAAAUAUUGAAAUAUUAACCUGUGAAAUACAUUUUUAUGGUAACCUAUGUUUUACAAUGGAGUUUUUAAAAUGCUAGGUCUUUUAUUGAUACCUACAAAUGAAUAAAAAUCAUUUUUCUCUCUGUUGAUA